AGAGAAAAGGGCAUUUUAGUCAUUUGCAGUCGCAACUAACAAGUGGUGCAAAAACUAACCCCCUGCUCUGGCGUGCAUAUUAAUAAGGGCCAAAUCGGCAGCCGCCCACUACAAAACGCCCCGUGAUGAUGCAGAUCAGCUAAGCCUACAUUCGACAGUAAAGCAAAAACCUGCAGAGCUGCAGGGAUCGGAAUCGAAGCUAGGUAGCCCACACGUAGGCGGCAGAUGAAGCUGUUCGCCUUCGUGAGGCGCGCGCGCCGGUCGCCUGAUGCGGCGCCCGAGGACACCGCCACGGCCACCGCCGUCUCUGCAGCCGCGGGGAAGCGGCGCCGGAGGCCGUCUUCGUCUUCCUCUUCGUCGUCGUCGUCGUCGUCGGGGUCGGCGGCGGCGUGGAAGCCGACGCUGGGCGCCAUCUCCGAGGACGCCGCCAUGACGGCCGCGUCCAUGGCGAAGGCGCAGGCGAAGCCAGCCUCAGCGCCGAAAGCCAGGGCCAGGUCGCCUCGCCGUGCCACCCGGGCGCCGAGCUACGACGACUUCCGGCACUACGGCCAGCCGACGGUGCUGCCGGCGUUCACGCCCACGGCCUUCCUGUUCUGAGCGCCGGCGAGUCUCAAGCAACGCAAACCGGCGGCCGGUGUACAUCGUGUGUGUGUGUGCGGUGGCGCGGCUCGACGAACGACGACGGUGGCUUCCUGCUUUGUGUGCCCUAAACAAGAUUGAUGCAUGCUCACAAAGCUAAUCCCUAGUUUAGUGCUUCUGAUCUAUGUGCAUACACAACUCUGCUGUUUCGGAUUCUCCUUCUCCCCCACCACCUCUCGGCAGUGCUCGCCUUUUGUGAUUCCUCUUGCAGCCAUAGUGCUACAAAAUGCUCCGUUUGGUUUCACCA